CACCGCCUGUGGACAUCUUCGAGUGCGCUCUUUGUUGCCUUUCGAGUUCUUGCUGAUGCUGAGGAGGAGAAUCAUUCUGCAGACGCUGUAACGACCUUAACGACCCGUGCAACGAAUCUCCUUAUAUUUGAAUCGACUUGAGUCAGUCAAUCAACAAUCAAUCAAUACCACGAUUAUCCAGUCUACACACGUCUUAAACCACAGACGGAGAACUACCGUCCGUUCCACGACCCUCGAUUUCGACUAUUCCUGUGCUAUAAACCAUUCUUUACACCAACAAAAUCUGCGCUUUGCGUCCCUCGAACUUCUCGACUUCUUCAAUUUCUGCGAUCGGAUAGAUCCACUUUCUGAAAUUAUGGCCGGCACCGAAACUACCAAGGCUGCUGUCGCCGUUCCUCUCACUUGCCAUGGUCAUUCGCGACCAGUUACGCAUCUCGGCUUUUCUGGGUUUGUAGGGGAGGAGGAAUACUACAUGAUAUCUGCUUGCAAAGACAAUAAUCCUAUGCUUCGAGAUGGAUUGACUGGUGAUUGGAUUGGAACCUUCUUUGGACACAAAGGCGCCGUUUACCAAGCUCGACUUUCUCCCGAUGCCCACACAGCGGCAACUGCUUCUGCAGAUUUCACUGCCAAGGUAUGGGAUACCUACUCCGGCGAAACAAUCUGCACAAUCCAACAUAAUCACAUCGUUCGAGCCGUCGCCUUCCCACCCGAUUCUAGCACUUUCCUAGCUACAGGAGGAAUGGAAAAGAAGCUCCGAAUCUUCGAUCUUUCUGCUGUCGAUGCGGUCUCUGCCCCCCAAGCAAAUGGUACACCUGUCACUAAUGGAGGAAACGGACGUACACUAGUCAAUGCGGAUGCAGGUUUCGAAGUCGGCGUUGGGGUUCACAAAGGCACAAUCAAAGCUAUCGUCUGGACUCGAGACCCGAACGUCCUCGUUACUGCCGCAGAUGAUAAGGUGAUCAGAUGGUGGGAUCUGAAGAACCGAGCUGUAAUCCAGGAGAAGGUCGUAACGGGCGACAUUGGCUCCUGCGAGUUUACAAAUGUCAAGGCGGAGCCAGGAGAUAUUGGUGGAGGCCUCCCAGUCUUGACAAUUGCUGCUGGCAAGACUGUCUACUUCUAUGGAGGAGCAGAUUCUCGGACUUUGAUCAAGAGCAUUGAUCUUCCGUAUGAAGUUGCCAGUGUUGCCCUGAACCCUGUUCAGCGACGAUUCGUUACAGGAGGCGCAAAGGAUACUUGGGCUAAGCUGUACGAUUACGAGACUGAGACGGAGCUGGAUGUCCACAAAGGUCAUCACGGUCCAAUCUGGAGCAUCAGCUACUCUCCUGAUGGGAAGCUCUAUUCCACUGGUAGCGAGGAUGGUACUAUCAAGCUUUGGAAGAAUUGCGAGGGAGGGUACGGCUUGUGGCGUGCAAAUGGGACUGCUUAAUUAUGCUGCCCAGGGGUACGAGCAUUCUCCGUUCAAAUACGAGGUUUUCCAUGCGAACCCAUCCCAUCCAUUGCAUCUGGAGUGAGGUCAAAGCGAUGUUUUUGUUUUCCUCGCCUGCAGUUAUGCGAGGCAAGGUUAAGCGAGGUAAUAGAGAACUAGAUUCGCGUCAACAAAAACAUAAUAUUUGAAUGACGGUGAUCUGAGCAUCUUAGACGA